AACAGACUUGGUCAUGUGACGCUCCUGCGCUGUAUCACAGCAGGAAGUGUUUGUAAGGGAGGUUCACUGAGACCAGAGCGUCAAGACUCAUUCUCCCUGUGGUUUCAAGAACAGUCUUCAUGUGAAUCUUCUGCCAUCAGAUGUGAGCUGAUCAUCAUGGCAUCGCUGCUCUGCACCCUCCAGGACCAUCGUGAUGACGUGAACUGCUGCGCGCUCUCGGACCGUCUUCUGGCCUCGUGCUCAGGGGACAAAACCGUGCGCGUAUAUUCCUGCGAGGAUUUCCGCGAACUGCCCUUCUCUCCUCUGCGCGCGCACGCCUACGGCGUUCACUGCUGCUGCUUCAGCAGCUGCGGCCGCUACCUGGCGUCCUGCUCCACGGACGCGCUCACUAUCGUAUGGAGCACGAGUACGGGCGCAGCGGUGGCCGCGCUGGAGCACCCGGCGCGCGCUCCUGUUCGAGUCUGCGCGUUCUCUCAUGACGCGCGCUUUCUGCUGUCCGGCGCUUCUGACGGGACUGUGGCGGUCUGGGAUGUGACGUCAAAGACGCUGCAAAGAUGUGCUAAAGUCAGUGAGGGCAGCGUCCUGGCCUGCUGUUUCUCCCCGUGUGGACAGAUGUUCAUCACAGGCUCCAGUCAGGGUGAACUUCAUCUAUGGACGCUGAGCAUGAACACUUUACACACGCAGAGAGAAGCUCAUGAUCUGGGAGUCAACUGCUGCCACUUCUGCCCUCAGAUGAGCAUGGAUGGCCAGACAGUCAAGUUUCGAUUGGCCUCUGGUGGGCAGGAUAACAGACUGAGGAUAUGGAUUAUUUCCCAGCAUGCAACAGCAGGUUAUGAGAUGCUGCUGCUCUAUACUCUCACUGCUCAGUCUGCUCCCGUCCUCUGCUGUGCCCUCUCGUUUGACGGACAGCUGCUCGUCUCUGGGUCUGUUGAUAAAACAGUGACCGUAUAUGACGCGAAUCAUGGAGAACUUCUACACACUCUGACGCAGCAUGACAGAUAUGUGACUGCAUGUGCGUUCUCUCCCUGCACGUUGAUGUUUGCAUCUGGCUCUAUGGAUAAGACAGUGAAUAUCUGGAGAAUUGGAGAUGGAAAUGCUGAAGCAUCUGAACCAUUGAAAACGUCGGUCCAAGGAAGGAAGUCACUGGGUUACUCCAGAACACUGGUCAGCGAUUGGUCAGAGGAGGAUGUGAGCGAGUGGCUCCGUGAUGAAGGAUUUGAAGCUUUGGUGGACACGUUUAGAGCCCACAAUAUUGACGGGGCCGAACUCAUCAACUUAAACACAGAGGUGCUGACCACUGAAUUUAACAUCGAGUCAGUUGGUCUCCGGGGUCAAAUCCUGAGGAAGAUUAAGGAUCUGAGAUCUUCACUGAUCGACUCUGACGUUCCCGAUGAAUUCCUCUGUCCAAUCACCAGAGAGCUCAUGAAGGACCCUGUCAUCGCUGCAGAUGGAUUUUCCUAUGAAAGAGAAGCGAUGGAGAGCUGGAUCAGCACUCCCAAUCGCUCCAGUCCGAUGACCAACCUGCCUUUACAAACCAUGAUACUGACCCCAAACAGAAGCCUGAAGACGGCCAUACAGCGCUGGAAGAGCAGCCACUGACCGAUAACUGCAUGUACAGCAGGUUUCCUUCCUCCAUGAGCUUCUGCAGGAGGAUGAUGAGGAUGUCGGGUUUGGAGGUCGCCAUCGCCCAGGCUGCGUUACCUUGGAUACAGAGAGAGAGGUGGAGCGUUACAUCAAACGGAUCCUUCAAACACAGCUUAGCA